AUGAUCCUUGCACUCAGACCUCCAAAGAUGGUGGAAGGAGAGGUAUAUUUCCAGUUUACUAAAGAAGAGAUUGCACGAUUAGCGGAGCCUUUCUGCUAUUCGGUAGUGCUUAAGUUUCUAAAGAACAGACCAUCGUUGGAUGCUGUGAGGGCUUUCAUUCACAGUCGUUGGGGCCUUAUGGCCAUUCUAGUAGUAUCAUCCAUGAGGAGACCUCGUAACAUCUUCGUACGCAUGGCUAAUGAAGCUGAUUUCACCAAGGCAUUAUCGCGGGAGGUUUGUGAGAUUAAUGGGAUCUUUUACCGUGCAUUCAGAUGGUCAUCGGAUUUCAAUGAGGAUGCAGAGCCUUCUAGGGUCCCGGUAUGGGUUUCUUUGCCGGGUCUCCCUCCAAACUUUUAUCAACAAGCUUUCUUAAAUAUACUGAUGGCACCCAUUGGAACUUUCAUCCGUCGUGAUAAUUCGACUCGGUGCGCAACAAGAACGGAUGGUGCAAGAUUAUGUGUGGAAGUUGAUGCUGCAAAACCUCUGUUGUCUCAUUUCUGGAUUGGAGCGCCUGAGCUACCUUCUAGUCGAAAGCAAGAAAUCAUCUAUGAAACACUCCCGGCUUACUGCUCUUCUUGUAAUAUGCAGGGUCAUAACGCACGGACUUGUAAUCCUGGGAAAGCUGGUAAGAAUGGGGGAAGAAAAGUGAAUAAAAAAGGCCGCUCGGAGACAAAGAUGCUGAUAAAUGAUUAG